UUGGGGCUUCCUCCUUGUGUUGCUGGGGACUCGGAUCCCUCCGCCAUGUUCUGGGCUCCCGUUCUCAGCCUCCUAGUGAUGUGGGGCACAGGUUCCCACUCCCAGCUGGUGCUCACUCAGCCUCCGUCCGCAUCCGUGUCCCUGGGAAACACCGUGAGGCUCUCCUGCGCCUUCAGCAGCGGAGUCAGCGUCAGUGGGAAAUAUGUGCACUGGUACCAGCAGAAGCCUGGCAGCCCCCCACGAUUCCUCUUGUGGUAUUACUCAGACUCCAGCAAGGGCCAAGGCUCGGGGGUCCCCGCUCGCUUCUCUGGCUCCAAGGAUACCUCCACCAACAGUGGCAUUUUGACCAUCUCUGGAGUCCAGGCAGAGGACGAGGCCGAUUAUUACUGUGCAGCAGCUCAUGGCAGUGGCAGCAGCUUGCAGUUGGCACACCCGCAUUCGCUUUCGCUUUCACUGUUGAGGUUCCUGUUGCUCUCCACUUUCCAGAUCUUUGGAAGUUCCUUGGCCCAGGAUGUGCUGACCCAGCCUCCAUCUGUGUCAGUCCCACUGCAACAGGGUGCCCAAAUCCCUUGUUCAGGGAACUGCACUGGGGACUACAGCGUGCCGUGGUGCCAGCCGAAACCGGGCCAGGCUCCUGUCUGUGAUGGCAGCAGGCCAGACGGCCUCCCUGGCCGAUUCUCCGGCACCAAUUCUGGCAACACAGCCACGCUCAGCAUCACGGGGGCCCAAGCAGAGGACGAGGCCGACUAUGACUGCCCGGUGUGGCCCAGUGGCAGCAAGCACCCCACGGUGACGCAGACUGGGAAGCGAGACGAGAACCUCCUGGUGGCAAAUGGCUUCAAGGACAAGCUGGUCCCCACCACGCAGUUCCUUUCGUGA